UAGUUUGGGCACACUGGUGGUAGAAAUUGCUGUUUUUUCGUUGACAAGAAAUUGAGAUUAAAGUGUAAAAUUAAGUGAAUAAUGCUGUGAAAAAGAGCGCAAAGCGUGAGAAAUGCCUUUGCUUGUAUUUGGCCUGAAGUGAAAAUUCCAAUAAGGAAAAACCAGAAGCUAAAAGGAAAGUGUGUGAAGAAGAAGAUAGAAAGUGAAGUGAAGUGCCAAGUGCAACAGCAGCCGCAGCGGAGACUGGGAAAGACUGGGCGUCGGAUAGCCAGGCUGUCACCACAGAGUUUUCUCCCGCUUCAGCUCCCCCGCUUCCCAUAUUUUCAGCAUGGAUGCCGAAACACAGGAAAUACGACAGGCUCGUCAACGUGCUUCCGUCAAAUGGCUGCUCUCAAAGGCCUUUAACAAUCGCGUGCCGGACAAUUUAAAGGAGCCGUUCUAUCGCGAUCACGAGAAUCAGGAACGCCUAAAGCCACAAAUUAUUGUGGAACUUGGCAAUGCCACUCUGUAUUGCCAAACAUUGUCCAAUCUGUAUUCAGAUCCCAAUUACCAAAGCUUAAAUCACUGGUCAAUAUUACAGACGCUAGCGCGCAAGGGUGUGGCAGUGGCCGAAUCGUCGGACAUGCCCAUUACCGAGACGGUAUUAAUUCAAACGAAUCCGUUAAGACUUAAUGCCCAUAUGUCUGUGAUAGAAUCGCUGAUGGUCUUAUAUGCAAGGGAAAUAUCAUCGGGUGAUCGUGUUACGGCGGCCAUACGAAGAAUAUCUGGCAGCAAUUAUCAGGCGCCACCUGGACAAAACUAUGAGCAAGGUCUACUGGCCUGGAUAUCCCAUGCAUGCGCAGCCCUCAAGAAGCGUAUUGUAAAAGAGGUAGAAACUGGACUACCCGAUGAGAAUGGAUCGCGGCUACAGACGCCAGACAUACCACCAGUGAGAGAUUUUCAAGAUCUGUGCGACGGCAUUUGUCUAGCACUGCUUAUCUCGUACUAUUGCCCCAAAGUGGUACCCUGGACAUGUGUGAGAAUUAACUAUUUGCCCGCGGUCGAGGACUCCAUUCACAAUAUCCUAUUGGUGGCCAAUUUCUCCCAAAAGCAUUUGCCAUAUGGCGUAUUCCACAUGACGCCCGAGGAUGUGACCUUUAUGCGCGGCUCGAUGAAACUGAAUCUUGUUUUGCUCUUAACGGACUUGUUCAAUCUGUUCGAAAUACAUCCAGCGAAGUGUGUUUGUUAUCCAGGAAUGGAUGGUCAAGAUGUCAUCGCCAGGCGCACUCUGGGCGCCAAUGAGCACGGAAUCUGCCAUCGACGAGGCCUCACAAUGCAGCCUGUUAUGCCCAUUCCCGAUUUGCGGAGCGAUCUUGACCAGCCGCCCGUAGGCUCACCCUCGAAUCGGCCACCGUUUCAAGUUCCGCACACGAAUUCAUUUGGCGGCGGCCUAAACCGUAGAUCAACUCCGCCCACUGAAUAUCAGGCGUCGGCGAUUCAGUCAAAUAAUUAUGAUGGUAAUCAUGCAGAAGCAUUCGUCGUGCACAAGUCGCGUGGCAUUACCACACUCUCAUCAAUGCACUCGCAACAUCAGCAGCAGCAGCAGCAACAAUAUCACCAGCAACCGCAGCAGCAGACACAGCAGCAGCAGCAGCAGGAGCCCUUGGUUCCAGCUCGCUUGCGGCAAGCUAAAGAAAAAUCCAAUGUCGAGUCGAAAGCGGAUGAGAGAGGCGAUUUUGUCGCGGCGGGCCGACCAAGUAACUGGGAACAAAGCCGACGCCCGAGUUUUGCAGGGCGUCGUUCGCGUAGAAAUUCCUCGAGCGAAGAUUCACAGUUGACCAUUGAGAACUUUGGUGGUUCACAGGAUCAAAUUAAUACGUUGGGGCGUUACGAGCGCGAACGGGACAGGGAAAGAAAGUUAUCCAACACAAGUGUGGUGGAACCUGCCGUGGCAAUACGCUCUUCGAUUGCCGAUGCCCGGGGAACGCUACAGUUGGGGUACGAUACGGAUUCGGGCUCGGAGAAACAGGAUCGGGAGACUGAGAAGUAUUCAAUGCGUCGACAAGCCAGUGUCGACAAUGUGCCUACGGUAUCGACAGCCCACCACAAUCUAUCGAAUGCGGGCAGUCCAUUGCCGCAGGCACGGAACAAGCAACAUUCCAGCGAGAAAGACUACAGCAACAACAGCAGCGCCGGAAUUGCUGACCAACUCUACAACGAUGCUAGAUCUACUUACGGAGAUCCGGAAAGUACACCCGUACGCAAAUCCUCUACCAGUAGCAUGCCAGCCAGUCCGGCUGCUUGGCAAAUGGAAGUAGGCGAUGAGGAUAUGCGUUCAUUGGAGAAUGCUACCAAGCUGUCCAAUAUUCGAAUGAAAUUAGAGGAGAAACGGCGUCGCAUAGAGCAGGAUAAACGUAAAAUUGAAAUGGCCCUGAUGAGGCAUCAAGAGAAGGAGGACCUGGAAUCGUGUCCUGAUGUCAUGAAGUGGGAGACCAUGAGCAAUGAGUCAAAGCGAACACCAGAUAUGGAUCCCGUUGAUUUAGAUAAAUAUCAGCAAAGCAUCGCCAUCAUGAACAUGAAUCUGCAAGAUAUCCAGCAGGAUAUCCAUAGGCUAGCAACUCAGCAAAGUCAAAUGCAGGCCCAACAUCUUCAGGCCCAGCAGCUGAUGCAGGCCCAACAGAUAGCCAACAUGCUGAAUCAGCAACAAACAUAUGGCUCCCAACAGCAUCUCGCUGAUCAUCAUUAUCAGCAGCCGCGAGCUAUGCAACAGAAUUUUGGCUCAUCACCGCAUCUUCCACAGGCCUACAAUGCCCCAGUCAGUACAUACAGCUCCCGUCCGCCCAGUCGCGAUCCCUACCAGCAGCAGCAAGCUCCGCCGCCCAUGGCCAUGCCCCAGCCGAUGCAGUACGUGAACGAGCAUGGGCAGUAUAUGUCGCCGCCGCAGCCCGCCCAUGCAUACAUGCAGCCGCAAAGCCUCUACAGCGACAAUGGCGGCGGCCCCUACAAUCACAAUCACAAUCAUUCACCCUAUGGUGCGCCGCCGCCACAGUACAGGAAUAGUGUGGUCUAUGAUGAGUAUGGCCAGCCGACGAAUCACUUCUAUUUGCACGAGACAUCGCCUCAGCCACCGCCACAGCGUCGCACCUGGGCUCAUUCGGCAGCAGCUGCCGCCUAUGAGCAGCAACAGCACCAGGUCCAACAGCCAUUGGUCGAUGUGAACGCCUGGCAGACACAGCAGAAGAAACAGGGCUGGCACAAUCGACCGCUAUCCAGUGCGGGCGGGGCGCCACAAGGAAGUUUCGUGCUCCAUCAGAAUGGCAGUGGUGGAGGCGGCGGAGAUCUGCAGCAUCUUUUCCAACAGCAGGCAUCGCCACAGCAUAGCCAGCGGCCAAUGAGCGGAGCCAAUGGUGUCCAACGCCAGCAGUCCUUGACCAAUUUGCGCGACAAUCGCUCGCCGAAAACCAAUCCUCAGCCGAUGGCUAUGCCCAUGCAGAUGCAGCAUGAAGACCUAAUGGCUCCGCAAAGCAUUUGUUUUAUCGGCGACGAGGAGGACGUGGACGAAUUGGAGCGCAAUAUUAUAGAGUCAAUGCAUUCAACCCGUAUCUCCGAUUUUGUGGUUCAGCAGCAGCAGCAGCAGCAGCAACAACACCGAGGCCAUCAGGGCCAGAGUGGACGUGGUAGCAGCUCAGAGGAUUACGACAGCGGCGAAUUAAUUUCCAAUAAGCUGAACAUAACCAGCGGCAAUCUCACCUAUCGGAUACCCUCGCCUUCGCGUCCUUCCAUACAAGCCAAUAGUUUUCAGGAUCCUCGAGGCGGUGCCGAGCAGGAGGAUUCGACCGCUGAAAAGGGUUUCUAUAUAUCGUUCGAUGAUGAUCAGCCGAAGCGGCCUAAGCCGCCACUCAGGGCCAAGCGCUCGCCAAAAAAGGAGACGCCAGGCGGUGGCAGGGAUAAUGUGGACAACCAAGUUGUCUUUAAACGUGAAUCGCUUAGUCAACUGCACAACAUCAGCAUGAGCAGCGAGGAGGCCAGCAAACAACCAGUCAAUAAUGCCAGGCACAAUCGCCCGAACAACAACAACUCCAACAGUGUCAAAUCUACUCAAAAUACCAAUUCUGGUAAUGCAACCUACAACAAAUACACUGAUGAGCCGCCAAUUCAAUUGCGUCAACUGGCCGUUAACACCUCAGAGCCGGGAAGCAGCCUGGAACGUCGCCAUUUAGAGGAUCUGACCAACCAGCCGCCGCAACUGCAACAACAGCAGCCAAUGUCACCCACACGCCUCCAGCACAGCAGCAAUACUGCCGAGGCGGCCAAGAACAAGGCCCUGGUCAUAGGAGCAGAUGCAACGAGUUUGGAUCCGGACUCGGUGGACGAAAUGGAACGCCGCAAAGAGAAGAUAAUGCUGCUCUCUUUGCAACGCCGACAACAGCAAGAGGAGGCUAAGGCUCGCAAAGAAAUCGAGGCAUCGCAGAAAAGGGAAAAGGAACGAGAAAAAGAGGAGGAACGCGCCCGUAAAAAGGAAGAACAAAUGGCGCGCCGAGCGGCCAUAUUAGAGCAGCAUAGACUCAAAAAAGCCAUUGAAGAAGCCGAAAGAGAGGGCAAAACCUUGGAUCGGCCGGACAUGCACGUGAAACUGCAGCCACAAACGGCGUCCUCGUCGACGCCACGUUUAAGGCAACAGCGGAACACACGGCCCAGGCCCAAGACUAUACAUGUCGAUGAUGCCAGUGUGGAUAUUAGUGAAGCUUCAAGCAUCUCUAGUCGAAGCAAGAAGGGAUCUGGAUCAAAUUUAACCGGCUACGGUCAGCUAAGUUCAAAUUCAAUGAAAAGAGAUUAUUAUAGGGGCUCGCAAGAUUCCCUUACAGUCAAAGAAUCUCCCGAUGAUUACCCCAGUACAAGUUCAACUCCGAUUGGACGAAGGGGAUCGUAUAAAACUUCCAGAGAGCCAGCCGCACUCCCAGAACGGGGCCGCACUCUGUCGCGUAUAUCGGUCGCUAAGGGGAGCACACUUAAUUUCCGUGGCCGAAAGUCCAAUUCUCUAAUGAAUUUGUGCGACACAGAUUCGGGACUGGGACGCGCCACUCCGCCUCGGCGUGCCCCAUCGCCAGGAAUGGGCAUGGCCAGCAUGGGAAUGGGCGCAUCAGGUCCGAAACUGUAUAAACAACCAGCGGCCAAAUCGAAUCGUGGCAUUAUAUUGAAUGCUGUGGAAUAUUGCGUUUUCCCCGGGGCCGUUAAUCGGGACGCCAAACAAAAGGUUUUGGAAAAAAUCGCAAGAUCAGAGGCCAAGCACUUCCUAGUACUUUUCCGUGAUGCCGGCUGCCAGUUUCGUGCCCUCUACAGCUAUCUGCCGGAAACGGAUCAGGUGACCAAAUUGUAUGGCACUGGGCCUAGUCAGGUUGAUGAAGUCAUGUUCGAUAAGUUCUUCAAAUAUAACUCAGGGGGCAAAUGCUUCUCACAAGUGCACACAAAGCAUCUGACCGUUACCAUUGACGCCUUCACAAUACACAACUCGCUGUGGCAGGGCAAGCGAGUCCAGUUGCCGAGCAAAAAGGAUAUGGCGCUUGUGAUCUAAAUAAUCAUAAUAAGCGCUUGGCGCAGCAAUUUCACAGAAUUCAAAAUUAUAAAAACGAAAACGCAGCAACACCAGCAGACAGAAACUUAAGCUUUUCUACGCAAAUUUCCCCAUGAAGAGGAUGGAUGUUAUGGAGAAAAUCUUAAAGUGAAAAGCAAACUCUAACGAAAAAUGUAUACAAAACAUUUUUCUAUAACUUAGAAAAAUUAUGUCUGGGACAGGGUAUCUGUAAAUGUAGAAUGUCUAUGGCUUAAUUACAAAUUGCACGUGUUCGUUCGAGGGUCAAACAGUUUUGGAAUUUACACUGAAGCAACUAUUGUAGUGAUUCAUACAAUGCGAUUGAAUUUAAUCUAAUAUAAUUUAUUGUUCCAAAAAAUGAAAAGAAAACCACCCUGAAAACAACAUCAGAGACAAAUAUUAUGUAAAAAACAAAAUCAUAAAACAAAAGCAGAAAACCUUGUAAAAAAAAAAAAUGGAAAGAUCAUAGGCAACAGAACGUAAUGGAAUUGUUUGAAUAUUUCUUUUUUAGUUUUGUCUUCUACACAAAUUUAAUAGUAUCAAGAUGAACAACAGCAACAACACGAUUUGUAGAAAAUAUCUUUAAUUUUAUUAAUUUGUUUUAUAUUGUUAUCAAGUUAUUCAAGUGAAAUUUGUUUCGCAAAUGGAAAUGAAGAUGGAGAUAGAAUGGGAGACGGGCCAUCAAUUGAAUUUCGCAAGUCGACACUAAUUUUAAUGCCACUUAGCUAUUUAUUUUAACACCUAUUAAUAAUUACUUUUUAUGCAUAUUUAAAAAGGCAAAUCAAGAUUACCACAUAUAUAAUACAACUAAUAUCUAAAGAUAUAUCAAUAUAUGCAACAACAAAUGAAAGACUUUUGACUCAAAAAUGGAAGUUCAGUUUUAUAUAUACAAAAUAUGAAUAUCAUACAUGCAUCAUGUGUUCCUCGACCAAGUCAGAUCCUUGUUGUGCAGUAGGACUCUAUCGAUGAGCAGAUAUAUACAGACAUAUAUCUCAAAUUAAUUAUAACUUUUCCAUUCAAUCGA